AUGUUCAUCACCCUUGAUACUCUUCGACCCAUGAUCGCCCAGCGGUAUAACCCCAGGCUCCAGGUGAUCUUCCGACAGCAUAUUCAACCCUGGCAUCCCUCGUCUACUCUCACACACGAAGCUGGAGCGGCUGUCCUUCGGGUAACCCCCGAGAAAUUCUGGGACUUCAGCGCCGCUCUAUUCAAGCGCCAGACCGAGUUCUUCGAUGUGAGCGUUGUAAAUGAAACGCGCAACAAGACAUACGAACGGCUGGCCAAGAUUGCAGGGGAGGUUGGCGUGGAUCAAAAGAAGGUGCUUGAUUUGCUGAUUAUUAGUGAGACGCCCAGGGACGAUGGGCAGUUGAACUCGGGCAACCAAGUGACAAACGACAUCAAGUGGAUGGUCAAGGGGGUGGAAGAACGGGGGAUUAGCAGCAGUUUCACUGCCGCCCAGUGGGAAGAAUGGUUGGCCAAAAACGUGGUUUGA